AUGGCAGUUGUUAUCAUCAAGACGGCCAGAUACACACCGGAUAUGCUGCUUUACAACCAGUCUCAGGAAAAAUACUGCAAGGCACGCCAAGCCGCUUUAUUAGAUGAGAGCCAUCUCUGGAGACAUACGCCACCACCCAUCUCCAAGAUUCAGCCGUUGGAUCCUGAUGUGAAUAGUCAACUUGACAUUAAACAGCUUCAACAACAAGAUCAACAAAUCAAAAGCUUGUUGGGAAAAGGAGAAUGCAAGGGGUACUCUAUCUACACAGACAAGCAUGGACUUAUUUUAGCCUGUAGGAAGAAUGACAACAACGCAUUCCCGGUGGUGGUGAUGCCCAGCGGUCUAAGAAAAGAACUGGUCAUUCUAGCCCACCAGCAGGGCCACUUUUGUCCAGAAAAGAUCAUGGCGCGCCUAACGUCUGUGGCUUGGUUACCAGAGAUCUGGAAGGAUGUCAAUACCCACAUCCAAUCCUGUCUAAGAUGCGUAGAGAAUAACGCAACAUCUAGAAUUGCCAAGGGACCCUUGCAGCACCAUCUUAUAGAAGGCCCUUGGUGCAAGAUCCAAAUCGAUUAUAUUGGCCCUCUUCCCUGCACUGGCAGAGGCCAUAAAUACUGUUUAGUAGUUGUUGACGUUUUUACCAAAUGGGUAGAAGCUUAUCCAACAAAGAAUUGUACUGCCAAAACAACGGCUAAGGUCCUUUUAGAAGAGACCUUUUCCAGAUUUGGGUUGCCCUUGGAAAUGGACUCAGACCAAGGUCCCCACUUCGUUGGUGAGAUCACUCAGGUGUUGUGCCAAGCUUUGGGAGUAAAGCAACGAUUACACAUUGCAGGCCAUCCCCAAAGCUCUGGCUCAGUUGAGAGGACUAAUAGAACUCUAAAAACUGCACUGAGGGAAGUCAUCUCCUUUCAAGGGAAGGACUGGGAUAUAAAACUCCCUCUUGUUCUUAUGGCUAUUAGAUCAACCAUAGCUUCUCAUGGCUUUACUCCAUUUGAGGCCAUGAUGGGAAGACCCAUGAGAGCUCCAGAGCAUUGGUGGGUAGGAGGGCAGCCCCCAGAUGAGUACCAGCCUAGAUUAAAAAUAGAUGCCUACAUGACUCGUAUAUUACAUGACAUCAUUAAUAUACAGCGACAAUUAGCUGCUCAAUUAAAAGCCAACAUUAAGGUCAUGGAUAGGAAAUUAGGGCAUGUAAAGGCUAUAGAAUGGGACAUAGGAGAUAAAGUUCUGUAUAAGUACUAUUCUGACAAGGGUCACGCUCUAAGUCCUAGAUGGAUAGGCCCAGCUGUAAUUGUCAAUAAGGCUAGCCCCAAUGUGUAUCAGGUAGAAAUACCUGAUAAAAAGAGAAAAUAUAUAAAAUGGUUCCACUCAAGUCAGUUAAAACCAUGGAAGGGAGCUGAGCCAGGUGUCCUAAAACAGUAA